UUGGAACAGUAUAUUAAGUAAUUAAUGAAACAAUGUGUUCGACCUGGUUUAUAGUUUUGGGGUUUAUAUAUUUUUCAAAAUGCAUUGUAUUCGGAGCAGAAACUCCAAAGUUCUCGACUCUUCAACAACAAAAAACACUACAAGACAAAAUGUUAAAUGGAUACAAAAAGACUUUAAGGCCAGUAUUAAACCAAGAUAUGCCACUGAUUGUAAACGUUUCCUUCAAGUUUCACACUAUUCAAGAUUACAAUGAAGUUAGCGGACUUUUUGCCUUCAAUGGUGGACUUAAUUUAUCGUGGAUAGACGAGUCUAUCUUUUGGAAUCCAAGCGAUUAUGGUAAUGCAACGGCCGCCAGACUGCCGAUUGAUGAAAUUUGGAUCCCAAACAUCGGUGUGCGAAAUCCGGCAGAGAGUGAAGAAUUCAUGGAGAUUGAGAUAGCAGGAUUUACAGUACCGGCUACAAAUCACGGAUUAAUCAAUUUACAGAUUUCGGGGCUGAUAAAAAUCAUGUGUGAACCGGAUGUGACGUAUUAUCCUUUUGAUGUCCAUCACUGUUCUCUGACUUUGGCGGUUCUCAACUAUGAAAGUUAUGAAGUUAAACUGCAACUCGCUAAACCAGCACAGGCAAUGCAUACAUUUACUGAGAAUGGACAGUGGGCGAUAUCUGUUCUAGACACUAUGAUGACUGACAAAGCGAUGGAAAUUAAACUGGAGAUGAAAAGAAAAUCUUCCUUUCUCAUUGUCAACCUAUUUUUACCGGUUCUUUUUCUUUUGUCAAUAAAUAUGGUGGUCUUUCUACUUCCGGUCGAAUCAGGGGAGAGAAUUUCUUUUUCUAUCACUAGUUUCCUGUCAUUUGCCGUCUUCAUCACAAUCCUCACUGAAAAGGUUCCUCAGACGUCAAAUCCGCUUUCUGUCCUCAGUAUCAUUUUUGCGUUUCAACUUGCAAACAGCACCAUGAUCUUAAUCUGCAAUGUCCUCGUAAUAAAUAUAUACCACAGGUCAUGUGAUGUCAUCUCUUCUUGCACUGUUGCUUUUGUGAGAUUUAUGGGACAAAAAUCACACGAAAAAAAGUCAUUGUCUGUCGUCGCCAUCAAAAUUAAACCUGCUGAAGAUCGUCGCAGAUCGUGUGAAGAUAUCGUAGACGAGAAAGUCACUUGGAAAGAAGUUGCAUAUGCUUUUGACAAAUUGUUCUUAUUCAUUUUUAUUUGUUCCACUUUGUUUCCUAUCAUCGUUUUUAUUUUCUAUGUUACAUUUGAAACGUAG